UCCGUGCAUUGCUUGGGUUACUAAACAGGAACUUUAAAACUUCCUCCUUCUGUUCGUCUUUUGGGUCUGUCAGUCUCUCCGUCUCUGUUUUGGGUAUCCAGGCACCUCCUGAAUCUCGCACAGCCUCUCCUCACUCCUCAGGAGCACACAGGCAGUUUCAGAUCAAUCACCAUGGAGAAGGGCCAGGGACCCCCCCAGGACGUACCCCCACCGUACACAGGGCCUCCGGCCAACUACAGGGGCACGGAGUCGGCCCCCCAGCCAGGUUUCUCAGUACCCCCCUACCAGGGAGCUCCGAAUCCCGUCAUGUACCCGCCACCGACCCAGGGCAUGGGGGCGGCAGGGGUAAUCUCCUUCCCCCCAGCUGCUGGUCUAUGUGUCCCCACAGGGUCCCAGGUGCAUCUUAUAUCUGGCCUGUCAGAUCUGCCCAGCCAGACCCAGUGCCCAUUCUGCCAGACGCUGGUUGUCUCACGCACCAUCCCCCAGCCAGGCCUGCUGACCUGGCUCAUCUGUGGCUCCCUGGCCCUCGUCGGGUGCUGGCCUUGCUGUCUUAUCCCUUUUUGUGUAGACGGGUGCCAGGAUGUGGAACACCGCUGCUCCAACUGCAACAACCUUCUCUUUGUGUACAAGCGCCUCUGAUCUGCCCUGAGAGAGACAGAGAGAGAGAGAGAGAGAGAUCAACUGGGAACCGCUUUACCGUCUGAAACUGUCUCCUUGAUAGCCCAUUUGGCUGCUUCUUUGUAUAAGUGGAAGCCCCACAAUUAAAAAAAAAUUUUAAUGGCUUGAAUUGGUUACUUCUGUUGAUCGCUGCCGUGAUCUGAAAGUAUUUAUUUCAAUAGAGGGUUUUACACUCUGUAAUAUGUUCAGCUGUUGCACUGAUUGUAUGAAAUUUCCAUGGCAAUGACUGGAGAAUGUAAUUUCAGUGUGAAAUUAUUAUAAUAAUUUUUUUCUGUUAGUUUCAGACUUUUAUAUUAUUUUAUGUUGGAGAUUCCUGAACUGCAAAUUUGCUCAUUCAGUUAGUAAAGACUUGUCAAAUGUGUUUCUAUUCAACAAAAGUCAAGCAUGUUGUUCAUAAUGUUCUAAUUGUUUAUCUGAUCUUAUAAGAAAUAAGAUAUCUUCAUAAUCUUAUGCACCUCCUUCUUUCCUGUAUUUCCUUAAAUGUGCCAAGGUAGGAAAGGAUUGUAUUAUUUUUCCCAAAACUUUGUCAAUAGGCAUCAUGUUUAACGGUACCUGCAUACCUUUACCUUUUACCUGGUUCUCAAUUGUGUUUAUGUGUGAUUCCUCUAACUAUUUCUGUGUGAUUUUGGAGAUCCCUGAAAUGGAUGUGAGAAAGGCAUUGUCCUGUUCUGCACCUCAUCUUUUAAAUUAAAAUUUGAUUAAAUCACGCUA